AUGUCUUCGAUAGAAUCUCUGCCCACUGACCAGCGGGAGAAAGUCGAGUCGUUCGUGUCAAUCACGGACUGGAAGGGAGACCCCGCGCUAGCCGUGGUGCUGCUGCAGUCGUCUCAAUGGAACCUCGAACUGGCGCUGUCUCGACACUUUGAUGGAGCAACCGGCGAUUUGAACACAGAAACAUCGACACAAACACAAGAGUCGUCCCGCCAGGGCUUCUCCCCGGGCGACUUUGUGGCAGACGACGACGACAUUCCGGGAAUCCCCCACUCUGCAAACACAAACUCAGACAACCACGAGGUUGUCGACACAAAUCACCCCCCCAGCGGGCCGUCAUACUUCCAGACGCGGCUCAAGAGCCUGCUGCUGCUGCCGUUCACAGCAGCCUACAAGGCCGUUUCCUCAAUCUUCUACGUCCUGUCUACCGUGCUGCCCUUCCUGCCACGUAUCACCGGAAUCUACCCCUCCAACAGAGGAGCUGCACACUCGGAACGCAAGUCGAUAAACCCCAGAGAUACAGCCGCACGGUUCAUCCGCCACUUUGAGGAUACCUAUGGCAACGAACACGGCCUGGAAAUGUUCGAAGGAGGAUACUCGCAGGCUUUGGACACCGCCAAGCGAGAUCUGCGAUUCCUGGUGGUGUUGCUCAUGUCCCCUGCUCAUGACGAUACCCCCGCCUUCUACCGGGACAUUUUGUGCUCAGCCCAGGUGGUGGCGUUCCUAAAGGAAAACCACGUCAUUGUGUGGGGUGGUGAUGUCCGGGAGAGUGAGGCGUUUCAGGUAGCGUCCCAGCUCAAGUGCACCUCGUUCCCCUUCUCCGCUCUUGUGGCUCCUUCACCUAGAUCGGGCUCCAACAUCCGUGAGAUGAUUGUGCUUCACAAGAUCCAGCAUCUUGUCACUGCUCCUCGGUGGAUCCAUGCCCUGGAGCAAGGCAUCAACGGCCACCGAGGCAAGCUCGCGUCCCUGGCCAUGGACCAACAGGAGCGGGACCUCACCCGACGACUCCGUCAGGAGCAGGAGGAGGCCUACGAGCGAUCGCUCGCCCAGGAUCGAGCCCGAGACCAACAACGAGCCCGGGAACGGGAGGCAGUGGCCGAAGCCGAACGUGCGGCAGCCGAAGCCGAGCGACACAAGGAGCUCCAGGCCCAAAAACGUCAGCAGUGGAUCAAAUGGCGGGCUGGAAAGAUCAAGGAGAAGAAGGAAGAUGAUGCCUCCACCCCUACUGCCCGAGUGGGUAUUCGUGUGCCUUCCGGUACUCGGCUGAACUGCAAGUUCCCCGCCUAUUCGACUCUGGAGGAUCUCUACGCCUAUGUGGAGUGUCACGAGCUGUUGAACGGCGAUGACGACUUUUCGGACGUGGAGAAACCCGAAGACUACGACCAUGAGUACUCCUUUGAGCUGGUUUCACCCAUGCCCCGAAAGGUGAUCAAGCCGGUGACGGAUGUGACUGUUCAGGAGGAGCCUGCCAUUUGGCCCAACGGAGCAUUGAACGUGGAGGUGGUUGACGAGGAAGAGGACUAA